CCGGCUUGUCCGUUUCCCCGGAAUAGAAGCCUCAAGCCCCCGAUGCGAACGGAAACCCUAUUCAAACCUUCCCUCCUCUGCCACCAGCUGCCACUGGCAUGUCCCCACGCCGCUGCGAGAGCUUCUUUGUACAUCUUGUCCUGCUCCCCGCGUCCCUUGUCUUCUUCCUCCCCCGCCUUCCUCCACUACAAAUUGCCUCGCCUGCUCUCCAUGUCGCCAGCCACUUCCUCGCACCACUACGAUUUGCUGCUUUGGCUAGCCAGGACAGGGAGACAGGCGCGCGGGAGAUUCGGGUUCUUGGGGGCGCGAGUGGAGUGGAUCGGAUGGUUCGCUGCGCUGCUGACAUGGAGGCGGGUGAUCAGGCGCCGGAGGGAGUCGCGCUGGCGGUGGUGCCGCCGGCGGCCGGCGGGGCUGGCGGCGGCGCUGGGGGAGGGAGGGAGCCGCUGGGCCUGCCGUGCCCGCGCUGCGAGUCCGUCGACACCAAGUUCUGCUACUACAACAACUACACCCAAUCGCAGCCGCGCCACUUCUGCCGGACCUGCCGCCGCUACUGGACGCGCGGGGGCGCGCUCCGCAACGUCCCCGUCGGCGGCGGCACGCGCAAGGCCACCCCGGUCACGCGCCGCAAGCGCCCCGCCAGCACGCCUCCCGCGCCCCCGGCCGGGGCGGGUGUGCCGCUGCCGCCGCCGCCUCUCACGGCGUCGGGGCCCCACGCCGCGCUGCUGCGGCAGUACGGCGGCCUGCCGUUCCCCGCGCCGGCCAUGGCGUUGCCGCUGGCCGCCGUGGACCCCGACCGCCGGCUGCUCGACCUCGGCGGCAGCUUCGGCUCGCUGCUCGCGGCUGCGCCCGGGCCAGACGUCGUCGGCGCUCACUUCUCCGCCGGGUUCCUGGUGGGCGGGCUCGCGCCGGCCCUCGUUCACGCGCCUGGUGGUGGUGCCGCCGCCGCUGCUGGUACUCUUCCCCCGCCGCCGCCUCAGCCGCAGCAGGUGUCUCAAGCGCUGCCGGAGGGCCUCCUCUGGAGCAUGGGGUGGCCGGACCUGUCCAUCUAGGAGGGAGCUCUACCUCUCCGCCGGCGGCGCGCGCAGUGCAACGUCGAUCGGUGCCCCGACGGACCAAUGACUACUGCUCGAUCGUCUCUAAUCUAGCCUUCUCUUUUAGCUCUUCCGUCGUUAACAGUAGACUGUAGCGCUGCAUCCAGGUUAUCUUUUUUGGGAGCCAAGUAAGUGGUCUAGGGAUCAGGAAAGAGAGCUGUUUGUUCUUUUGGAGGUGGUUCAGGAAGAACUGUGAGAGUGAUUUGAGGAUGUAGAUCUGCAUGCUUGUUUGCUUGCAUGAAGACCUGCGAUGCUUGACGAAUCGAUGCUGCCAGCAUCUUACCAGAACGGAUUGCUUGUUUUUUUGGAGCCAGCGAGCUAAUUGUGGCAGUGCUUGUUCGUUCUUGUAUGAUUUUCAUUGCUGCUUGUCAUUUCUUUUUGUAGUUCUUCGGCAAAUACAUCUCUUGUGACUUGCGAUUAA